AUGAGGUGUAAGAGACACACAGUCGAUUUCAGUAGCACUAUCGGCGUUUGUGCUUCUUGUCUCCGUGAACGCCUUUUAUCUCUCGCCGCUUCAACCGCCGCGUCUGAAAACGACGACAACGACCAUCUUCAUCAUCAUCAUUCGCGUAUUUCUCCUCCUCCUCUGGUUUUCCCUCGCUCUGUUUCUCCAUACGUUGCUCCUAGAAAAUCCGACGCCGGAGACUCGUUAGCUUCUUCCAAUAGCCUCUUCUUCGCCACGCCACAGCUGGGCUCCACCGCGGAUCAAUCGUACGGCGGAGGAGAAAGAUCAUCGGAAAAAGUCUUCGAUUCCGGCCGAUCGUUCAAAAAGAAAAAGAGCGGCUUAUCUCGAUUCUCCAACUUCUUCAGAACGAGAUCUGACGACUACGGCUCGCGAACGAAAUUCUCGUCUCGAGAUUCCUGCGACGCGUCAACGUUCUCUCCGCCGUCGUCUUCUUCGUCGUCACGGUCGUGGCUCUCGAAGGUUCUCUCCGUUCGAUCGAAAAAGCAAUCGACCACUACUACUUGCUACAUCGAGGAUUUGAUCGCCGCGGAAUCCGAUCACCAUCGUCGAAAUCGACCUAAACAGAGAUAUUGCAGAGGAAUGUCGCCGGCGGAAAAUGCAUCCGCGACGGAUUGCGAGCGUGAAUCAGGAGAGGAGACACCUGGGAGACAGAGAAGAACGCCGGCGUUUGGAACUCCGGGAAGGAGAAAGACGGCGACGAUUGGGAAGAGCGUAUCUGGGAUGGCUUUUUGCUUGAGUCCGCUAGUGAGAGCUAAACCUAACUGUUCUUCUAAUUGGAAAGGGAAAUUUCCGCCGGAUUUUGGUUACUCCGGUGAGCUAAAAUCACCGGCGAAGCCUCACAUUUCGACGGCGGCGUCUUUUUGCGCGAACCGGUCUAAGAAGCUUGUGGAUUUAGGAAGACUUGAUCAUCGCCGUUGA